UCCACUUCUGAGCAAAACGUUUCAAUUCGAGGUAACAAACAAACGCUUUUGGUGAAAUACAAGCUCAAGCCAAUAUGUCUGACGCGGAGCUGGAACAGACGCCCAGCGGGGACCAUGUGGAGGAGCAGCAGGCGGAGGAACAAACGGACGUGUACCCCGACGGUGGUCCUCCGAGAACGCCGGUUGAAGAUGCGGCGGCUGAGCUCAGCGCCAGCCUGGACGUCAGCGGGUCGGAUCAGUCAGGAGAGCAGUCGCUGGACCUCAGUGGUGUGCAGGCGGAGGCGACAGAGGAGUCGGAGCCACCGACGAAGCGCCAGCACCGUGACAUUAGUCCCAUUUCUGAAGACAGCACUCCCACAAGCAGCAAUUCGCGCUAUGACGAUGUCAGUGAUGCUGAGGAGGAGCCUGCCGAGCAGGAGCAGCAACAGCAGGAUGUCGAGAAGCAGCAGCCAGAUCAGGAGCAGGCAAGGGAUCACGCACAAGGCCAGAAAGUGGAGGUAAACCAAGACAUAGACACUGAGGACGAACCCUCUUCCAACACGGUCAUCUGCGUAGCGGACAUUAAUACCUAUCGCAGUGGUUCCAACUUGAAUGAAUACUCCAUGGAUCCCGAAGCUCCGUCGAAAGCCAUAAUCACCGAGGUUGUCACCUUUCCCACUCCGCUGCGUCUAAAAGGAGCCCAACUACUGGGACAACAACCAUCACCACCUCCGCCCCCAGUAGAGGAGGAAGUUCCCGAGACCCCGGCCUCGCCCACGGAGGACACCGAGGAACCAGCCGGCGUGGGCAUGUCUGCCUACAUGCGGAAUCGCUACAUGCAGGAGCCGAUCCACACAGGCCUGCCCGCCCGGAUGGCGCCCCGCGAUCCCCGCCAGCGCAAUAUGCCGCCGCCAGCUGUCGUGUUGCCCAGUCAAACCAUACUUAGCGCCGAUGUGGAGGCCAUUUCCGAUGACAGCAGCGAGACGAGCAGCAGCGAGGAUGACGAAGAGGAGGAUGACGAGGACGAGGACGAUGAGAUGACCAUGGAGCACGACAGCACCUCCAGGGAGACGGUGAUCACAACGGGCGGCGAUCCGUUGAUGCGAAAGAUUGAUAUAAGCGAGAACCCCGAGAAGAUCUACUACAUUCGCCGCGACGAUGGCACAGUUCACGCCGGGCAGGUGCUGCUGUCGCGAACCACGAAGAACGCAGCCACUCCGGACGAGUACUACGUGCACUACGUGGGCCUGAACCGCCGUCUGGAUGGCUGGGUGGGCAGGCAUCGCAUCUCUGACAACGCGGACGAUUUGGGGGGCAUAACUGUGCUACCCGCACCGCCUUUACCACCCGACCAACCCAGUACCAGCCGCGAAAUGCUGGCCCAACAGGCCGCCGCGGCAGCCGCAGCCUCCUCGGCCGAGCGGCAGAAGCGGUCGGGCAACAAGGACUAUUACCUAUCCUAUUGCGAGAACAAUCGCUAUGACUACAGCGACCGGAAGAUGACGCGCUACCAGAAGAGGCGGUACGAUGAGAUCAACCACGUGCAGAAAAGCCACGCUGAACUGACUGCCUCUCAGGCGGCGCUUGAGAAGGAGCACGAGUCCAUUACCAAAAUCAAGUACAUUGACAAGCUGCAGUUCGGUAACUACGAGAUCGACACCUGGUACUUUAGUCCCUUUCCCGAGGAAUACGGCAAGGCGGAGACCCUUUAUGUCUGUGAAUACUGCCUGAAGUACAUGCGAUUCAGGGAGAGUUACGCCUAUCAUCUGCACGAGUGCGAGCGAAGGCGUCCGCCGGGCAGGGAAAUAUACCGGAAGGGCAAUAUUUCCAUCUACGAGGUUAAUGGCAAGGAGGAGCCACUGUACUGCCAGCUGCUAUGCCUGAUGGCCAAGCUCUUUUUGGACCACAAGGUUCUCUAUUUCGACAUGGACCCGUUCUUCUUCUACAUCCUGUGCGAGACGGACAAGGAAGGCAGCCACAUCGUCGGGUAUUUUUCCAAGGAGAAGAAGUCACUGGACAACAACAAUGUGGCCUGCAUUCUCGUGCUGCCGCCGCAUCAGCGCAAGGGAUUCGGAAAGCUGUUGAUCGCGUUUAGUUACGAAUUGUCGCGCAAGGAGGGCGUCAUCGGCAGUCCGGAGCAGCCGCUUUCGGAUCUCGGAAGGCUAAGCUACCGCAGCUACUGGGCGUACACCUUGCUGGAGUUGAUGAGGAACCGUUGCGCGCCGGAGCAGGUAUCAAUCAAGGAGCUGAGCGACAUGAGCGGCAUGACCCACGAAGACAUCAUCUACACGCUGCAGUCCAUGAAAAUGAUCAAAUACUGGAAGGGCCAGAAUGUCAUCUGCGUUACGGCGAAGACUAUCCACGAUCAUCUCCAGCUGCCGCAGUUCAAGCAGCCCAAGCUGACCAUUGACACCGAUUACCUUGUCUGGAAGCCGCACAAUGCCUCGGCGGUGGCCAAAACCCCGGGGACUCCCGGCUAGCAUACGGAGGCACGGGACGCUGUCCUGCUAUCAUCGCAAAUAAUUGUUAUAGACGAUGAUGAUGAAUAAGCCACAUUCAUAUUUUUUUUUAUUAAAUAGUAAGAAUAGAACUGGAGAGUAACCGGCAAUGAAAUAUUUGCCCAAAAGAAACAUCAUACAUGGUUUACAUUAUUAGUUGAUAAGAAAUCGUGAAGAUAGUCUGUUGUAUCCUUUAUUGUUUACACCUUAUUUAACCACUGAUGUGAAGCUAUUUUUAAUUUUUUUUUUCUUUUUUUUGUAUAGAUAUACAACAUUUACUCUUAAAUGCAAAGAAUUCAAAACCUUUAUUUUCAACGUGAAAAGUAAGCUACUUUGCAGAGGCUACCUUAAGGAACUCUGUCUUUAGAAUACUAUACUAUAGAUUUUAAAUAGUCAUACUGUAAUAUAUACAAAUAACAGAAAAUUACUUUUUAUUUAAAAUUUAUUACAUCUUGUUUCUGUAAACUUUACAAAUAUUUGUUACAUUUUUUCUGGAAACUUCUUUUUUGAUGGAGAAACAAAUAAAAACAAACCUGAGACAAGAAAUUUAAAUUGAAAGAGUGUAAAUAUUAAUAAGAUAUGUCUUUAAACAUAUAUAUUUUAACAACUUAAUACAAUAAAACAUGAAAUUGGACAUGGCCAAAAGAAAUAUGUAUCAGGGAUUAGUCUGCUCAGGAAAUUGUGAC